AGGUUGGUGUCUGCCGACGGUCAUUAUUGGAACGGCUGAUUUUUGGCGCAGUGGACCAGCUAGCUAGCUCUAUGGUGUGUGCCGAAUGAAUCGGAUUAUCGACUUCUUUCCCACGGAUUUUGCCGGGUAUGCAGUCGGCCGAAAGAUGCCAAGAAACAGCAGCCGCCAAUCCUGUUGGGGGACCUGACCUGAUGCAGGCCUUACUACCUCCGAAGUCAUGACGCACCCGCCCGAGCAGCUGAAUGGCGGCAAGGGUCUGUCCAAGGGCAAGCGCAGCUGGGGCGACCGCCUCAAGCUGGGCCUGGCCCGGGGGGCGCCGCCCGAGGGCCCGGGGCCCGGCGGGGGCGGCGCCCACCGCGGCGUCCUGGCGUCGCCCCCGGCCCUGCCCCCCGGCGUGCCGCCUGCAAAUGGCGCCUACCUGAUGCACGAGUACCGGAACCGGUACGGCAGCGUGUCGGGCGGCUCGGCGCUCUCCAAGUCCAUGAAGUACGCCGAGACGUGGCUGUACGGCACGGUGAGCGCGCGGCCCGUCUCGGCGCGCCCGUCCGCCUUCGGCCUGCACCGCGGCCACGGCGACGCCCCGCAGGCCGUCAUCGCCGUGGUCAUGUGCUCCUGCCCCGAGUUCCUGGCCGGCACGACGCGCUCCAAGAAGACGGCCUCGGCGUGCAAGAAGUGCGGCGGCACGCGGCGGCCCAUGCCUACCACGGUGGGCACGGUGCGCGGCUACGGCACGGUGUCGCAGCCGGCCCGGGUGCGGCCCUCGCUCCUGGAGCUGACGGGCAACCCCAUGCUGACGCAGGACCCCUACGACCUCAUGCGGCGCUCGCGCAUGUCGGUGGACAACGGGCAGCCGGCGCCGCAGAAGACGCACCACCACAAGGCGCGCGCCAAGAGCAGCUCGCCGCCGCGGCGGAGGCGGGUGCGCAGUCCGUCGCCGCCGAAGACGCCCAAGCCGCCGCCACCCGCGCCCGUCAUCCUCCACCCCAGGCUCUCGGACACGGCCCUGAGAACGUCCUCCAGAGACGUAGGAGACUGGGCCGUGGACGAAGAGGACGACGACCUGCGUGGGAUGAGGAAGUCCAUCCUGGAGUGCGACGUGAACCCGUACGAUCUCAUAUCCAAGUACCUCAAGAACGGGCACAACGGCACGACGCGGGUGCCGCGCGCGCUCUGCAGCGACGGCGGCGAGUCCAGCGACAACCUGAGCGACAACGCGCUCGAGGACCUGCCCCGCCCGGGGAUGACGACCUUCGGGAAAGGGCCGCAGUCACCACAGCCCCAGCAACAACCGCAGCUGCAGCAGUCGCCGACCAAAGCAACGCCGCCCUCGGCGAUCUCCAAAAAGCCACUGUUUCAGAAGGAUGACUUGAGCAGGCUGGGUGCAAAGUUCAACCAUCUAAGGCAGACACUGUCCCCCGACUCGAAGACCAAGCCGAGCGCGGUGGCAAACAAAAAGACUGAUUUUAAGAUUGGCAACGGUUCCGCCAAGCCGACCAAGGCGGCGCCCUCGGAAGCGGGGGUCACCAUCAGUGGCCAGCGCAUCCGUAUUUUCAACGGCGCACCCGGCGGUGGCCUAGACGCCGACGGUGACUAUGUCAGCGAUGACGCUCUGGACGACAACCUGGCCCAGUUUGAGCCGAAGACGGAUCCUGCCGCUGGCGGGGAUAGCGACGUCCCAAUGGCCACGUCGUCCUCGGAAGAAGAAACCCCUCCCACCGUCGAGGCCCCCGCAAGCCCCAGGAUACCCAGGGUGGCAUCCCCCAAGCGGCCACCCAGAAGGUCGAAGCAGCUGGUUUCUCAGGAGGCGCCGGAGGCCGGGUCGCCGUCGGCUCUCCAGCUGCGCCGCCAGCGUUCACAGUCUCUCGUCUCUCCGGUGACCGUCCCGGAGAUCGCCAUCAAGUCCAUCCUCAAGAAGUCGGCGGGUGGUGACCUGCUCAGCGGAGGCGAGUCCGUGGCGUCGUCCUCGCCGCGGACCUCACCGGCGCCGUCCUCGGCGGAGGGUUCCAUCAGCUCGGGCACCUCGCAGUUUUACCUGCCCACCUUCAAGGAGUUUAAGGAGCAGCAGAAGAAGAAGAAGCAGGUGCAGUUCCGGGUCUCGGACGACGCCGCCGCUGCCGCUCCGGAGAGCCCGUCCGCGGCCUGUACCGAGUCGUCGGUGACCCCCGAGGCCUCGAGCCCCCCAGCCGAGCACGAACGCCUCCGGGACGACGGCCGCGACGAUCCCACCCCUACGGAAACCGUCGACGUCAGCCGCGUGUCCAGCCCGGAGAUGACCACUUCCACCGACGACGAGCUGACCAGGGAGACGGCUACCGAUUCGGGAGGCGACUCCUCCAGCUCCGUGUCCACGGCGGGCUCGGGCGGCUCCGGGCGGCCGAGGACGUCAACCCUCCGGCGCAGCCACAGCGAGCGCAUGGCGGCCCCGCCUCGGCGCCCUGCUGGCCCCGGGACCGCCGCGCGCGCCCAGCAGCCCGGCGACAUGUUCAACGACACGAUGCGGCUGCGGCUGCGCGCCGCGCGGCCCUCCAGCCGCGCCGUGUUCAGCGACGACAGCAGCGGCGCUGAGGACGGCCUGUCGCCGCGGCGGGGCGCAUCCGCCCGAAGACAAUUUUGA